CUUGGCAUAUACAGCCAGUGGAGUUGUGUAUGUAUGUAGGGUUGGUAGCCUCUCGCUAUAUCCUCUCUUCUCCUUUAGAGAGCUGCUCUAAUGUGCAUGCCAUCUCUAUCCUCUCUCGUCUCUUCUGGCAGGAUGUUCAUGCAUUUGGAGGUCUUUUACUGUAUCUUCAUUUUGAUGUCUCACAUGACAACGUCUUGCUGCAGCUGGUCAGUGAAUAAUUUCCUUAUGACUGGACCUAAGGUGCACCUGAUUUACUCUAGCAGCGUAGCGGCCGGGGCUCAGAGCGGCAUCGAGGAGUGUAAAUAUCAGUUUGCCUGGGACCGAUGGAACUGCCCUGAGAGAGCCCUGCAGCUGUCCACACACAGAAGCCUCCGCAGCGCGAACAGGGAGACAGCGUUUGUCCAUGCCAUCAGUUCAGCAGGGGUCAUGUACACUCUGACGAGGAACUGCAGUCUGGGGGACUUUGACAACUGUGGCUGUGAUGACACCAGGAACGGACAGCGGGGGGGUACAGGCUGGCAGUGGGGGGGCUGCAGUGACAACGUUGUGUUCGGUGAGGCCAUCUCCAAGCAGUUUGUUGACACGCUGGAGACAGGCCAGGACGCACGGGCCGCCAUGAACCUCCACAACAACGAGGCUGGACGCAAGGCAGUGAAAGGGACUAUGCAGAAGACGUGUAAGUGCCAUGGCGUCUCUGGGUCCUGCACCACACAGACCUGCUGGUUACAGCUCCCAGAUUUCAGGGAGGUGGGAAACUAUCUGAAGGAGAAGUACCACCGAGCACUGAAGGUGGACCUGCUCCGGGGGGCCGGGAACAGUGCAGCCAGUCGAGGUGCCAUUGCUGAGACCUUCAGCUCCAUCUCUCGUAAAGAACUGGUCCACUUAGAGGACUCCCCAGACUACUGCCUGGAGAACCGUACCCUGGGCCUGCCCGGCACAGAGGGCAGAGAGUGCCUGAAGAAGGGCAAGAGACUAAAUAAGUGGGAGAAGCGGAGCUGCAAGAGGCUGUGCGGGGAGUGUGGUUUAGCCGUGGAGGAGAGGAAGGCUGAGCUGGUGUCGAGUUGCAAUUGCAAGUUCCACUGGUGCUGCACGGUAAAGUGCGAGCAGUGCCGCAAGACGGUGACCAAGUACUUCUGCGUGAAGAAUGGGGGGCAGAGGGGGAAGAACGAGAGCGCCGGCAGCCGUAGGAAGAACCUGAGGCUGAGGAAGAAGCACUGAGCAGCAUCCAUCUUCCUCACCAUCAUCAUCAUCAUCACUGCCACACGCCAUGUCUUCUCACAAGCUGAUUUUCACAGACCUCUGUGCACCGAAACUGUGCCCCUCUCAAAUAUUUCUACAACACGCGUUCUGCUUUUGUUCUAAAGACAUAAUUGAAAAUGUAUUUAUUGAAUAAGACUAGUAUUGUUAUUAUCCUAAUCAAAUGUUUAAUAGUGGGGGAGAAAAUGUGUAAAAAAAACAUGUUGAUAAAACGACAUGAUAGAGAAAGAAGGGAUACUAUUACUUGUCUAGAACUGAUGGUAUACAUAUAUUUAACAGUAUAUAUUUUUUUACUUUUUCCCCCAAUUAUAUAUAUCAUUAUAAGUCAUUGGGCAUUUAAAGCAUGUUACAUAUGGCCGCUCUGAAUAAUCUCCUUCAUAUUUGAUAGCUUGAACAACUCUUCCUAAACGGUCAGUCCACAGCAUACCUCAACAACUUCUUAUUUAUUGUCAUAAGUACC